AUGGCCCCGUCUUCGCGGAAUCCGACGACAUGGAACGAGUACGAUGGCGUGGCUUCUCCCACUGGCAGCGUUUCUUCAAAUCCCUUUGACGAGGAACGGGAGUUGCUCGAUGAUGACGAUGGCGCACACCUAGCCGGUCGAAACAUUGAGCGCAGACGGUCUUCCGUCACCGACCGUCUAGCCGCCAUGGCUGACGUUGGCGGCGUCAACAGCUUCCGCUCUUUUGCCCGUAGCUGGCAGCGCGCGGCUGCUUUCCCAGAAGUCAUUCCCCGUCGCCCGAGCUUCAUCUUGGCUACGGACCAGCAAUUGGCCGGCGACGCCGAGGAUGCCGAGUAUUCGCGGAGCUCUGACAGCCUCGACGCGGGCGGGCUUGGACGACGUUUGGAUGGGUCGCCGCGCCUGGGCAGUUCGUUUGCUGGCUCGAGCAGCAAUAUUGCGAGUGCGCAUUACAGAGAGCGGGAGGGCAAGCCGCUGGACGAGGAGAUGGCGAGCGGUGCGCUGCCUGCUACCUUUUCGAGCCAUUCUAGCGUCUUUGGGUCGUCUCCUUACUUGGCUACGGAGUCUAUUAUCGGUAGCUAUGGCUCAUAUCGCAGCGGAUAUGGUACGAUGGGCGGGCCGUCUCUCAUUCGACACCGACCGUCUAUUAUUCGAAUCAGCGGCCAAGCAGAGGAUGAAAGUGGCGAAGAGGAUAAUGCUGCCUUUGGCGAGGAGCAGCCGAUCUUGGUGAAGGAAGUCAAGCAGGGAAACAAGGUCGUUUUGACGGUUGACGGCCAGAGCACGCUGCCUCAGUCUGUCUUCAACUCGAUCAAUGCCAUCAUCGGCGUUGGGCUGCUGAGUUUGCCGCUGGCUUUCAAGAUGAGCGGCUGGAUUUUCGGUCUCAUCAUACUCACUUUGACGGCCGCCGUCACGGCGCAUACGGCCAAGUUGCUGGCCAAGUGUAUGGAAUAUGAUGCUAGUCUCAUCACAUAUUCUGAUUUGGCAUAUGUUUCGUUUGGCACUAGAGCUCGUGUUAUUGUGUCGUUUCUGUUUACGAUAGAGCUCAUUGCUGCGUGCGUUGCUCUCGUCAUUCUGUUUUCCGAUUCUCUUGCGCUCUUGCUUCCUGGUGUUGCGGGCGUUAAUUUUUGGAAGUGUGUGUGUGCUGUUGUCACUCUUAUUCUCAAUGCUAUGCCCUUGCGGUGGCUUAGCUAUACCAGCGUGAUUGGCAUUUUCUCUACGUUUUGCAUCGUCUGCGUUGUAAUUGCUGAUGGUCUCGUCAAAACAGAUGCUCCCGGCUCAUUGUGGCAGCCUGCCACUACGCAUUUGUUUCCUAAAAACUGGUUGGCGUUGCCUCUUGCGUAUGGCUUGAUGGCUAGUCCAUGGGGAGCUCACUCUGUUUUUCCUUCUAUUUACCGAGACAUGCGCCAUCCUCACAAGUGGGGGCGGGGUGUUGCCAUUACCUUUUCGUUUUCAUACGUCUUGGAUACCUGCCUCGCCGUUAUUGGCAUCCUCAUGUUUGGUGACGGCAUCAGAGAGGCCAUCACUUCCAACAUCAUCAGGAGCUCUGGCUUUCCCGAGGGUCUGACCAUCUUCAUGUGCAUCUGUGUCACCAUCAUUCCGCUCACCAAGCUACCACUCAACGCUCGUCCCCUCAUUACGACCGCCGAUGUCCUCUGCGGCCUUCAUCAGUCUCAUCACCACCACCACCAUUCUGCGGCUAAUCCCGCAGAUCGGCAAUCUGAUUUCAUCAAAUCAUGUCUCAGGGCAUUAGUUCGCGUCGUCGUCGUCCUCAUUUUGCUUGGCAUCUCCAUCCUGUUCCCGGCGUUUGACUCUGUCUGUGCAUUUCUCGGCGCUGCGCUCUGCUCUCUCAUCUCCAUCAUCCUGCCUAUUCUCUUUUAUCUCAAGCUUUACGGAAAGGACGUUUCGAUCAGGGAGCGUAUUGUGUUGCUGUGCUUGUUGGCGUUGUUUUCGGUGCUGGGGCUUGUGGGUACUGUGUGGACGUUUUUGCCCAAGGAUCUUAUUGGC